GAAUUACCGACACACCUGGUAUAUGCUACACGCUCUUCGUUACUUUUAAUCUCGUUAAUGCAAUUAUACCGCACAUUUUACUUUGAUAUUCUUGAGAUUAUUAGCGAUAUUCCUGUGUCACGGUUUAGUUUCUUAUAGAUAUAGUAUACUUAGAUCGGGAGAUAAGAAAGAUAAUAGAGAUAAGAAAGCUCUGUGCAAAAGCGAUAAGAGAAUAAGAAAUUACACGAUUUUAGCUUACGAGUAUGUCGAUAUCCUACUUCAUGGUGAUCUACUCCACGCAAUAACGAUGCGAAAUGCGAUAGAAAUGAUUAUAGUGGCUCACGCGCGAGAUACGCUCGAAUUAUUAACGAUGCUUUAGCGGAAUGAUAAGAUCAAGAGCGAGUGAGUCUUCGUCUAAAAGUAGUGUGUGCGCGUUGAAUAUCCGACAACACGGUAAAGUGAUGAAGUCGCAGCUUCAUCUCUCACGGCGAGCGUAUUUUGUAAAAUAAAAAUUUUAACACGAUGGUUCGUUUACAGUUAUAAUUUUGAGAAACUCCUUGUGUAAUUUUGUUUCACGACAUUUCACGAGCUACCGUCUGGAGAACCAACUGUCACCUUUGAGAUCUAUUCGUUUCGCAUUUGUUCGCGUACGCGUUUUUAUACCCGACGUCUUUGAGGAAUUAUUUCAUGGAUUUCUCACAUCAAGAGAGUGCGGAUCUCGGCCUAGAGUCUUGAACAAUAAUGGAAGGCAACAAACAAUGGUCAGAGGGAAAUUACUUAGAAAUAAGACCGUCAAACUUGAAAUUGCUGAGUAUUGAGACAAAAUUACACGUAAUUACGCGUUGCAGCCGGUCACGUUGUUUAUUGCGUCGAACGUAGAUAUUCCCUCAAAUUAACGUCAUUAAUUCGCAUUGAGGACUGUACGUUCACUAUUUCCGCAUAAAAAUGCGAAAUAACAAGAAUUUGCAUACGUAAUGCGUAAUUACAUAAUGCGACAUGAAAGAAAGAAAGGAAGGGAACAUCGAUCCCUGCACGUAGUCGAGUUUUGGCAUCCGAAGAGAGAUGUUUCCCAUCGUAAUGUUCCAGGUAUGAGCUCGCGCUCACGACACGAAAGCGCGUUCCGUGAAAAAUUAAGAAAUAGAGAAAGAAAAGAAAAACUCGUUUUCAAGUAUAAUAUGCAUCGAGAGGCCCCGCGUGAUGAAAGAGAACGUGUACAUGUGAAAGUAACAUUUCAGUUGACGGUACUGAUCAACACGGACUGCACCAUAAACUUAGUCACAAAAGUGCUAUCGAUCGUUCUUCUCAUGUUCGUGUGCGUUUUAAAGUACAACAUAUUCUUCUUCAACGCCGAUAAAAUGAAGUUACUCAUGGACCUGAUGUGGUACCACUGGACCAUAAUACAGGAUAAACGGGAGAUCGCGAUACUGGAGAAGCACAGCCGUUUCACGCGACGAUUUACGAUGGUCAUGACACAGAUCUUCUCCUUGGGGAUAUGCGUCGUAGCCGCAGGCCAUUGUCUACCAGCAAUCCUUGACAUUAUAGUGCCAUUGAACUCAUCCCGGCCGCGACAUUUUUACAUUUUGAUGGAAUAUUUCGUCGAUCAAGAGAGAUAUUUCCUACCGAUUCUUUUGCACGUCAUCGUGUCUUUGUCAGUAGGAUCUAUAAUAAUAUUAUCCGUUGGGACAAUGAUCAUGGCUUACAUGCAACAUGCGUGUGCAAUGCUGAAAAUCGCGAGCUUUCGUAUUGGAAACGCGGUACCGGAUUCUGCGCAAACGUCAUUUUCCCGUAAUGAUGUAAUUUGCGAGAGAAUUAUCAGCGGAGUGCAAAUUCAUCGAAAGGCCAUAGAGUUUAUCGAUUUGAUCUUAUCUAAUUUCAAAGUGCCCUUUUUCUUUGUAAUGUCCGCGGGAGUGGCUUCGAUAGCGUUUAGUAUUUUACAGGUUUUUGUUGCGUUGUUGGAAAAGGAUAUGAACGAGAUAAUAAUAACUAUUAUAUUUGUUAUUGUACAAUUCUUCUAUAUGUACAUAGGAAAUUAUGCCGGGCAAUUAGUUGCAGAUCAUUACAUCGAAGUAUUUGAUGUAGCGUACUGCUCGUACUGGUAUGUGGCACCGUUGCGCGCGCAGAAAUUCUUAUUGUUCAUAAUGCAGAGAACCACGAAAAACUUUUACUUCGUUUUCGGAGGGAUAUUCAUGGUGUCACUCAAAGGCUUCUCCACGCUCGCAAGCAUGUCGAUAUCUUAUUUCACUGUUAUAUAUUCGUUCGUCUAUACGAGAUGAUUGAUCUGUCACUGAAAUUUGAUGUCCGUAAAAUCGUACGAGCGAUUUCGAUGUUAUUGAUAUAUCUUAGAUUUCAAAUAAUUUGUCUUUAUUGUAUAAUUAUUUCACACGUAAGUAAUUCUUAUUCUUUUCCUUAAUACUCUCCUAUAUGUAUUGUUUGAAAAAUCAUAUUAUGUAUAAUACUUAUAUAUUAAUA